AUGGGUCAUGACGCUGAAACACUAAUCGAGCAUUUCACAUUUGAGAGAGAAAAAAAUCCAAACUUUUUCUUUGAUUAUGAUACGGACUCGGAUAAUAGGAUGCUUCGUUGUUUUUGGGCUGAUUCUGAAUCAAGAAGAUCAUAUGCCUUCUUUGGCGAUGUUGUGGUGUUUGAUACAACCUACAACACCAAUAGGUACUCGAUGAUAUUUGCCCUAUUUGUUGGUGUAAAUCAUCAUGGCCAGACCAUUAUUUUUGGUUGCAGAUUGUUAAGUGAUGAGAUGAUAGAAUCAUUUGUUUGGUUGUUUUCGAAGUUCUUAGAAGCUAUGCCAAACCAAGCGACCCCUGUUGUUAUAAUCACUGAUCAAGACGCUGCAAUUUCAAAGGCUAUCUCAAUGCUAUUGCCGUUCACUCAACACCAGUUUUGCCUGUGGCAUAUUUUGAACAAGUUUUUAGAAAAAAUCAAUGUCAUGCUAUAUAAUGAGCAGUAUCACAGGCUGGUAAAUAUUAUUAAACAGUCUGAAUCGCCUGAGGAGUUCGAACAACGGUGGACCGAGAUAAUGGAAACCACCAAUUUAGACAGCAAUGAUUGGUUGAUCAACAUGUAUGAAAUACGCAAUCGAUGGGUACCAACGUAUGUCAACCAUGUAUUUAGUGCAGGAAUGUCUAGUAGCCAAAGGGUUGAGAGCAAUCACUCAUUUUUGAAGAGGUUAGAUGGGUUGGAUGACCCAUAUCACCCCCAGUAUUCUUUUGAUGGCACACAUAAUGAUGGGUUCACUAGUAUUACCAAUAACAACUAUGAAGAUGUGAACGUCAAUUUUGAUAAUUAUUUCCCGUGA